GAGUAAGCCUAAUGGUAGUCUACAGUAUUAGGAAGUCAAUUUUUCUUAACUGAGCGCUUCUUUUGUAAAAAUAGUUUUUACGCAUUGACUGCUAUAUUUUCACAAGACUGCAAUACAACGCAGCUUUCAGGAUGUUCGUAGUGGAAGAUAUACUCCCAGAAGGCGGAUUCAUAAGCAAAUUACCGAAGGACUGGCAGCCUCGAGAUGAACGGAUGCAGCGGCUACUGUUUACCGUAGACCAUCAAAACCAGAAGAUCUUCAUAAAAGCUGUCACGGCGAAGAUCAAGCGGGAAGUUUUUAACAGUACAUUUGUUCCAAGGAUAAGAGUGUUACUUAACCUGGAUCAUUGGAAUGUUACCAAAUACUGCGGCUUAGCUCUUGCCGAACCUGUUUACUGCAAUGAAAACCACCUUUGCCAUCUUACAGCCAGCCUUUAUUACGCCGGUAAUGAUUUACGCGCUUGGACGAAAAAUAAUUUGAAGGACACUGGCGUCAUCUCCCCUGAGCACAUAAAACAGUUUCUCUGCCACGUGUUAACCGGGCUCCAUUACUUGCAUGUACAGUGCAAACACAAAAUAUUUCACUGCGAUAUCAAGCCACAAAACCUGAUUGUAGUUCACGCUGACCAGCGUGUAGUGAUCAUCGACUUCGAAGGAGCUGCAGUAAAUGGGGAACUGAGCCACGAAACGGAGAACAACUGCUACACUCCUAUAUACGCCGCCCCGGAACUCUUGCACUGUACUGCUUUAGCUCCCAAUGAAGAAGCAGAAGUUUGCGGUAAAACCGAUAUCUGGAGUGUGGGCUGCGUUGCGAUAUACCUGGCAACCGGGGAGGAGCCCGUCAUUUGCGAGUGGAAAGGCAGUACGGGACCAGGAACGCACGAAUGGGAGAACUAUUCUUAUGGCAAAAAAUAUACAUAUCAUACAAGUGCGGUGGUGUCUGUUGGUGGUCGAAAAGGCAAGCCACAACUGCCGGAACUUUCCAGUGCCGAAGGAGACCAGAAUUUGUUAAAUUUUAUAAAGUCGUGCUUAAUGUUCGACCCGGAACAGCGGAAGUCGGCAGCAGAGCUUUUGCAUGAUGCAUAUUUAAAAUCAGCAGCUCCAGAAUUCUGCCCUAAGUUCAUGGAUAACAGCAUGUGCGCAAUCUUAAGCGAGGGAAAGGAACGACAGCGUCUGGAAUCAUUCUGAUGGCAAGAGACCGUCAGCGUUGCAUAAACCUCAAAUGCCUUUAUAGUCGGAAAUAAAUUAUACAUUUUAGAAAUCAAUAUUAAGCGCAGCUACCGAACAUUGUUAUCUUUAAAAAUAUAGACUGCUGUCACUGCGGGACACAUACAAUGG